CAGGAAGGUGUGGCGGUAGCGGCGGCGGGUCCAUGGCGCGGCGCGGGCGGGGGAGCCGGGGCUGAGCGCCCUGCCCGCCCAUGGAACCCGCCCCGGCGGCGGCGGCGGCAGCAGCAGCAGAAGCAGCAGCAGCAGCAGCCGGCGAAGGCGUGUUGGCGGAGGACGACGAGGAGGUGGAGGCGCCGCCGGUCAUCUACACCAUGGAGAACAAGCCCAUCGUCACCUGUGCUGGUGAUCAGAAUCUCUUCAGUUCUCUGUAUCCAACACUUUCUCAGCAACUCCCAAGAGAGCCCAUGGAAUGGAGAAGAUCUUAUGGGCGUGCUCCUAAGAUGAUUCAUCUGGAAUCUAAUUUUGUACAAUUUAAAGAAGAGCUACUACCUAAAGAAGGGAACAAAGCUCUUCUGACAUUUCCCUUUCUCCAUAUAUAUUGGACAGAAUGCUGUGACACAGAAGUAUACAAAGCUACAGUAAAAGAUGACAUCACCAAGUGGCAGAAUGUCCUAAAAGUUCACAGCUCUAUGGAUUGGUUAAUUGUAGUGGUAGAGUGUGAUGCCAAGAAAAAAAACAAAACAAACAUCCUUCCCCGAACAUCUAUAGUAGAUAAAAUAAGAAAUGACUUCUGUAACAAGCAGAGUGACAGGUGUGUAGUGCUAUCUGACCCCUUGAAAGACUCUUCCCGCUCUCAGGAGUCCUGGAAUGCCUUCUUGACAAAACUCAGGACCCUGCUUCUCAUGUCUUUUACCAAAAACCUUGGCAAAUUUGAGGAUGACAUGAGAACUUUGAGGGAGAAGAGGACGGAGCCAGGAUGGAGUUUUUGUGAAUAUUUUAUGGUCCAGGAAGAAUUGGCCUUUGUCUUUGAAAUGCUGCAGCAAUUUGAGGAUGCCCUUGUGCAAUAUGAUGAGCUGGAUGCCCUGUUCUCCCAGUAUGUUGUCAACUUUGGAGCUGGUGAUGGCGCAAACUGGCUGACUUUUUUCUGCCAACCGGUGCGAAGCUGGAACGGGCUGGUUCUUCGUAAGCCAAUAGACAUGGAGAAAAGAGAACUGAUUCAGAACCAGGAAGCCACCCUGUUAGACCUGCGCAGUUACCUCUUUUCUCGCCAGUGCACAUUGCUGAUCUUUCUCCAGAGACCGUGGGAGGUAUCUCAGCGAGCGCUAGAACUUCUCCACAACUGUGUGCAAGAGCUAAAGCUCCUUGAAGUCUCUGUUCCUCCUGGCGCUUUGGACUGUUGGGUCUUCUUGAGCUGCUUGGAGGUUUUGCAGAGAAUAGAAGGUUGCUGUGAUCGGUCUCAGAUUGAUGCCAAUGUCUCCCACACAGUCGGCUUAUGGAGUUACGCCACUGAAAAGUUGAAGUCCCUGGGUUACCUAUGUGGACUUGUGUCAGAAAAUGGGCCCAACUCAGAAGAUCUUAAUCGAACAGUUGAUCUUCUAGCAGGACUUGGAGCUGAGCGCCCUGAAACAGCCAAUACAGCACAAUCUCCUUAUAAGAAACUGAAAGAGGCCUUAUCAUCUGUAGAAGCUUUUGAAAAUCACUACUUAGAUCUUUCCCAUGCCACCAUUGAAAUGUACAAAAACAUUGGAAGAUCUCGCUCAGCAAAGCUUGUUGGAAAGGAUCUGGCAGAAUUUUAUAUGAAAAAGAAGAGUCCUCAAAAGGCUGAAGUCUACCUUCAAGGAGCAUUGAAAACCUAUCUUGCGGAGGGAUGGGCAUUGCUUAUUACGCAUACACGGAAGCAGCUAGCAGAAUGCCAGAAACACCUGGGACAAGUGGAAAACUAUCUUCAAACAAGCAGUCUUUUAGCUGCUGAUGAUCACUUAACGGAAGAAGAGCGCAAACACUAUUGCCAAGAAAUACUAAAUUUUGCCAAACAGCCCUCAGAAGGUGAAGAUCAGAAAGUUAUACUGUCCAUGCAUUCCUUUGCACAGCUGAAGAAUCUGCAUUUUGACCCUCCUAAUGCGGUGGUCCAUGUGGGUGGAACACUGUCUAUUGAACUGACGUUGGCAAAUCAGAUGCCCAUCGCGGUGAAAGUGGAUCAGAUUGCUAUUAAUAUCCAUUUCAGCAUUGAAAAAAAUAGCUACCGGAAGACAGCUGAGUGGCUCACAAAACACAAGACUUCCAAUGGUAUUAUCAGCUUUCCAAAUGAGGUUGUAGGUCUCUCUCUAUCAAGAAGUAGCUUGCCGAUGUUGGAGUUGUAUGAGAUGUAUGAAAGGAGCCCCUCGGAUAAUUCCUUGAACACAACAGGCAUCAUCUGCAAAAAUGUGCACAUGCUGUUGCGAAGGCAGGAGAGCAACUCUUCUCUGGAAAUACCCACGGGGCUAACUCUGGAGGAUGGUGCCCAUGUUUUAAAAUGUAGCAACUUAAUACUGGAACCAGGGGUCAAUAACAUAACUUUCAGAACCCAGGGCAAGGAUCCUGGAACAUACACACUCAGGCAGUUAUGCAUUUCAGUGGGCAAAAUGCAGUUUGCCCUUCCUCAUAUUUACCCAAUAGUGCAGUAUGAUGUUUACUCUCAGGAGCCACAGCUAAAAGUGGAGCCAUGUACUGACAGCCUUUUGGCUGGGAUUCCUCAGAAGGUAAAAUUUACAGUGACUACUGGCCAUUAUACCAUAAAGAAUGGAGAUGCACUCCAGCUCAGUAAUGCUGAUGCCAUGCCAAUUUUGUACCAUCCAGAGAGUAAAGCUGUGAUUUACUCAAACACAAAGGAAAAGGCAUCCGAAGCAUCUCUAAUGAUCCAGUCGUCUGAGAAAAUCACAAGCAUCAGCUUACCAGUCGCUCCUGCUUAUCACGUGAUUGCCUUUGAACUCGAAGUCUUGUAUUUACCAUCAACCUCAGUAAGUGUGCUGGAGAAUGAGAACCUGGUUAGCAAAGAGCUUCAGAAAAAAAGCAAAGAGGAGAUGUCUUGCAAUCGUAUGGCUACAAUUGACCAAAAAGUAACCAUUGAUUGUCCAUGGUCAAUUUACUCCACCAUUAUUGCACUUACAUUCAGUAUACCCUUUACAGCCAAACAUUCCUUGUUAUCAGCAGGCAAAAGGAAAUACAUACAGGUUUGCGUGCAAAACAUGUCAGAUAUCUCUUUUAAGUUAUCUGACAGUAGUCUUAAAAGUUCUGGCGUCUGCACAGAUUUAAGUCUUGAUCCUCUAAACUCCAAAGCUGAACAGCAUAUCUACACUAAGCAAGCAGUAUUCUUUGUAUGGGAACUGAAGUGGACAAAAGAACUUCCCUCAUCUUUGCAAUGCCAGUUUUCAGUGAACUUUUGUUCAGCACCUUCUGAAGAGCACUCACUGUCUCUGAAGCCGUACACUUACGAAUUCCAGCUGGAAAACUUUUUUACAUUAUAUAAUGUGAAAGCUGAGAUUUCCCCCCCAUUGGGGGCAGAAUAUUGUAAAACAGGCUCGUUGUGCUCACUGGAGGUGUCGAUCACCCGCCUUUCAGACCUCCUGGAUGUGGACAAAGACGAAGCAUUGACAGAAUCUGAUGGUUACUGCACAACAAAGCUAAUGUAUGAAGUUGUAGACAAUAGUAGUAACUGGGCAGUCUGUGGGAAGAGCUCAGGGGUAAUAUCUAUGCCAAUUGCAGUUCGGGCAACCCACAAAGUGCACAUGGAAGUCAUGCCACUCUUUGCUGGAUACCUCCCUUUUCCUGAUGUUAGGCUAUUUAAAUACCUCCCGCACUACUCUGCUCACUCUAUGCAGCUCGAUGCAGAUAGUUGGAUCGAAAACGAUAAUCUCUCUGUGGACAAGAAUAUGGAUGAUCAAGCUGACAGCAGCAGCAUAAAGAGCAGAGGCAGCAUACAUUCAGCAGCCAGUGCAGAACACAAAGGUUUACCAAUGCCUCGGCUGCAAUCGUUUUCACCCGGACAGGUCUUCAACUCCAGCUCUGGCAUGCAAAUCCUUGUCAUUCCCAGCAAGGAUGAUCACAUUCUGGAGGUCAAUGUCACAUGACAGCUCUCUGUACAUGUGCAUGGACAUGCACAUGAGACUUGAAAAUGAAUGCACUUUAAGGGAUCAUAACCUGAUUGUUCUUCAUUUGAAACAUUCUAACGCUAACGAGGCCUAUGGCAACUCAACACUUACUGGCCCUGGAAGCAUCAGACAAUUGUAUCAAUUUAAAUGUACAGUGAUGCUUGUGUCAGCUAGUUUAUAUUGCUAUUUUAGGGUGUUUGUGUAAAAUGAAUUUUGGGGUCUCUCUCUCUCUCUCUCUCUCUCUCUCUCUCUCUCUCAUCCUGCUGGUGAAAUAAAGGAUACUUACUGCAGUUUUCUCUUUAUUUUCGGCAGCUUCCAGAACUGCUAUUUUUUUCCGGGGGGAGUAAUUAAAUUUCUGUUCAAAGAAAAUUUCAGGUUGACAUACAAUAAGCCUUGCAGUGUAGCUGUUAAUGACUGACGUGUGUGCCUUUCUAGUCACACAACUGUUUGGUUUCCUGGACCAGGAUAGCUAUCCAAAUUUCUGUAUAGUAAUUCUUAAUCCUACAGCUAUCAACAGGAUUUUAAAUAUGUGUAUAUAUUUUCUUGAGGACUUAACUUCUUUUGUGCCUUGGGAUACAUAUGAAACUUAUUAGCCCACUCAAACUCUUGAAUGCAUACCAUAUAGAGAGCCAUUACUUAAGCCCACUGGGGAAACACACACACACCAGGAAGCAAGUAAUGAAGUGGCACAUAAGUGGUUAAGUUGGAAGUAAAGUUUCACUGAGCAAGCUUUCCCCCAAGUUUGAUAUUUAAAAUAUUUAAGGUUACUAUAUUGAGUCUCACUAUAUAGCUUUUAUUCAAUAUUUCACUUGAUAUUUUUAAAACCAAAGUUUAUUUGUUUCUCCUGUCCCAACUACUGUUAACUUAUUAUUGACUACAGAGCCAUAUAACUAUAUAUAUAUUUGCACCUUAUUCUAAAGUAAUCUGAGAAGAAGCAAAUAAAGCCAAGGAUUACUUGACUGCUUUUCCAGUCUGGUUAUGAGGAAAUUUAAGGUCCUACUAUUGAACCUCUUCUGGUCCAGCAAACUGCAGUUACACCAUUCCAACUGAUUACUUUCAGUUGUAAAUUUAUUGUACAAAUGAUUAUUUUAAAAAAAAUCUAAACUAAACUUAACUGAUAUAAUGUCUGUGUAUAAUUUGCUCCCGGAAUCAAGGACGAAAUAAAUGUGUUUUUAUUGGUGUGAAAAUCAAAGCUUGUAAAUAAGUCUAGUGCAUAUAACUUUUUCCAGCUCUCAAACUGUGUAUUUUUGUACAUACCACAUUUCCUUAAAACUUGUGGCUACAAUCCUAGCUGCUGUUCACUCCUGUUACUGCUUACACAAUAAUUCUCUUCUUGCAACAUAUGCAGCCUCUUGGGGAACAGCCUUCAUUGUAUGAACAAGCUUUGUAGGAACACUGAUAAUUCUUGGUUCUUUCAAUGGGUUUUUAAUAUCUUUGAGGCAGGAGGCAGUAGCAAACCAAAUCUGAAUUCUGAAAAAGUGUGGUAUGUGUGUUCCAACACUGUGUGUAUCUGUUAAUUCUUGAUUUACUUUUCUCAUGUCUUAAGAGCAAAUGAGGUUUUAUUUUUAGAGGGAGCAAAAAGCAAGCCCCAUGUUUCUCAUGAAUUUGCCAGUACUUGGCUUUGAAAGUUAAAGUAAGUUGAGUUUUCUUUUUGGAAAUAGAAACACACUCUUGUAUUUGGGCACUUCCUUUCUUGAAGUUACAAUGGGAGGUUGGCUGACUGUAUCUUUGUGUUUAAUUUACUUUAAUUAAGUUAGGGAAAAAUGUAUGCAACCCCUUAAACGCUUUUCAACAAAAUUGCCUCUGUACCUUCUUUCAGUUAUAAGAAUUAAUGAGACUACACAAUAUUCAUAUGUACACACUUCAAUUUUGCAUCUAAAUGAUAAAAUGUAUUUAAACUUGUUAUGGCCCUUCUACAUUGAAUACUUGUGAACAACAGCUUGAAUGUUAAAAGUACAUUUCGAAUGUGGUGAACAACUUGAUACCUUGAUUUUGGGUCUUUCACAAGAAAUGAUUUUAUUAGCAGUUAGUGUUGAUGUGUUUUCUCUGGUUUGGUUUUAGAGCACCGUAACAUUUUAUUCUUACAUUGAAAUGGACUUCACUAAAAUGCAGCAGAACCAUAGUCUAAUCACUACUUCAGGAGACUACAUGUGUAUAUGGAAAGGGGAUUGGUUUCUGGGUAAAGAUGUAAAUAAUCAAUUUGCAAUAUGUGUAUCUGAAAAAUUAAGGAUUAUGCUAUUUAUAGAUAUCUGUCAAGCUUGUAAAUACUAUCAGAUGGGUUAAAGGAGUAUAAUUUUUGUGAAUUUCACAGAUUUAUUUGUGACUGGAAAAAUUAACUCCUACUAUGGAAAUUAAAGUUCAACAAUGACAUUUGUGACACUU